UGGAGGUAGCAUUCUCAUAAUUUAUUUUGGCAAGGGAGAUUGAGAGUCUGUAAAAAUGUUAUAAGCGAUACAAUAAUAUGCAGAAAUAGAAAUUCGAUUGUAUGAUUGCAUUGUUUUGUCUUCAGAACGAUGGACUCUUUCCUUCUUGGACAUGCAGUUCAGAAAAAUGGUCCGGCAUUGAUACGAAAUUUGAAAGAAGAAAAUCAACAUUUUCCUGAGAAUGUAGUUCAUUAUAUAUCAAAAUACAGAGAAAAACCACCAGGAUUUGAGGAUCCUGAACUGAAGGAGAGGAUUUGCAGGUUUAUAUCAAAGAAAGCAGACUAUCUUUUCAUUACACCUUCAGAAAAAGAGGAAAAGGAAAGAAAGACUUCAGACUAUGAAGAUACAUUUGCAAAGAUGCCACCUUUGGAGACUUAUAUGGGUAUCCCAGAAAUGGAAUGCAGGAAGAAUUUCUUUAAUAGUGUUGAGAAACAUGACAUAGUAAUAGGUGUGGUUUCCUCUGUAAUGGACAGUGGACUGGUCAUCACAUUAUUGUGUCUGGACAAUGGUAAAUCAAGGGAUAUUGAUCAGCUCAGAAUAUCUGCUUUUUGUCCUGUUAAAGAAUUACCAAAGUUAUUUCCAAAUCAAGAUGCUAUAGAAGGAUUCCAAGUCAGAGAUAAAGUUAGAGCUGUCGUUUUAAGUGUGAAUCCUGAAACAGAAAAGUUGAUAGUAUCAAUGGUUGAAAGAUCUUUACCAGAGCAUCAUUCUGAUGUUAAAUUGGCUUUGAUUAAUGAAGAUGAGUUUCCUGUGCAGUAUAGGAGAAAACUUCAUAUAAGAGGCCUAACAUUUGAUGAGUUGCUGCAUUCUAUUCUGGGGUUCAAUAAUAGUGGCAACAUUGGUAUUAUGUUGGAAACACUUGACCAGCAAGAAACAUGUUCAUUAAUGAGAGGACUCAAUAGAAUAAAUAUCCCAGAAAAAGAUAUGGCAGAAAAUUUGAGAAAAUACCAGUCUCAAAAGAUGGCUCAUACAAGUGUUGCACAAGGAAUAACUUAUUUUAAAGCUGGGAAGCAGCCUGAAGCUGUACAGUGUUUUAAUAAAGCAUUAGAUAUUGACAAGACAAAUGUUGAAGCAUUGGUUGCCAGAGGAGCAUUAUAUGCAAAUAAUGAAAGUUUUAACAGAGCCAUUGAUGACUUUGAAGCUGCCUUGAAGAUUAAUUCAUUACAUGCCAAUGCAAGAAAAUAUUUACAUGAUACACUUCUGGCCUAUGGAAAAUCAAAUGAGGACAUAGAGAAGUAUCAAGAGGCAGAGGAACUAUAUACUAAAGCCAUGUCUUUGGAUCAAGCAUCUGUUGACGCAAGAGAAGCACUUAGAUUUCUGCAUUACAGGAGGAGUCAAAGAAAACAAAAAGAAACCAGAAGAAAGUCUAGCCCAAAAGACGAAAGAAGAAACAAGUCUCCAGAAGGCUUUGAACAAACAGCCAAGACAUUGAAGAAGUUAAUUAAAGGAGAAGAUAAAAGGCAAAGGAAAAAAAGGAGAAUAUCUAGAGAUAGUUCUCCAUCAUCCAGCUCAUCAUCAACCUCUUCAUCAAAUUCUUCCGAAAGCAGAAGUAGCGGAGAAAGGAAGAGGAAAGGUUAUUCCAGAGAAAGAGACAGGACUCACAGAAACAGUAGUCCACCUGAAGGGGAUGUGAACAGAGAACCAGUGCAGGAACCAGAGGUUCAGCCACACCAUGAGUAUGGUAUUGACCUACAGUCCUCGUUCUUGUCAGGAGGUGGCCAAUCUUUUUCUGACAUGUUCAGAUCUUCAUCUCAGGAGAGUGAUGUGGGACCAGCACAACCAAUUCCUAAUUCAAUGCAGUAUGGCGUAAAUCAACAUAUGUAUGGACAUCCUCCACCUAACUGGAUAGGUAACCCUGGAGCAGAACAAGCUCAGAUGUAUAGGUACAGCAACCAGUUCACAGGUCAAGAGCAAAUGCACCCAGGAGUACCACCAACAUAUUAUCAAAAUCAACCAAUGACAGAGGAGGGUUAUAGUGGUCACCAAGGGAACAGGAGCCCUUGUAGGAGAUCUGGAAGAAGUAGAAGUGACAGAAGAAGUAGAUCUCAAAGCUUUGAAGGUAGUAGACGUAGAUCAUCCAGAAGUCCAAGUUAUGAGAAAAAUCAGCAUUGGAGAAAAGAUGACAGGAGUCCAAGAAGGUCCAGAUCUAGAAGCUUGAAAUACGAGAGAGGAAGAAGUCCAUUACCCAAAUAUAAAGAAAGUACAGUUAUCAUGGAGAGAAGUCCUGAUAACAGAAGAAAUGUCUCCAGUGGUGAAAGAAAUAUUUCAAACGUUCAAGGGAGAAGUCCUGAUAACAGAAGAAAUACCUCAAGGGGAGAAAGAAAUACGUCAAACCUACAAGGGAGAAGUCCUGAAAACAGAAGAAAUACCUCCAGGGGAGAAAGAAAUAUGUCGAAUGUUCAAGGGAGAAGUCCUGACAACAGAAGUAAUGUCUCCAGGGGAGAAAGAAAUAUGUCGAAUGUUCAAGGGAGAAGUCCUGACAACAGAAGAAAUGUCUCCAGGGAAGGAAGAAAUAUGUCAAAUGUUCAAGGGAGAUCUCCUGAUAACAGAAGAAAUAACUCAAGGGAAGAAAGAAAUAUGUUGAAUAUUCAUGGUAAUAGUCCUGAUAACAGAAGGAGAAAUGAUUCAAGAGAUGAAAGAAAUAUUCAGUAUAAUCAGGAUCAAAGUUACCAAGGAAGAAAUAAUUCAAUGGAUGGAAGGAAUGGUCGGUAUGAAAGUGAUAAAAGUCCUGGCUACAGCAGAAGAAACAGUUCACAUGAAAGGCCAUCAGAAUAUCAGGAGGGAAGACAUGAUAUGAACAAAAGUCAAACAUCAUGGAGUGGAAGUCCUGGCAACUUUGAAGAUUCAAGGAGAAAUAUCACUGAUGAUAGAGGCAGAAGUCCAACAGAUAUAAGGAAUGUAAGAAGAGACAGAAGUCCAUCAGAAUCAGGAGAUUUUGAAAGUCCUACAGAGACUUUAACUUCAACCAGAUUACAGACAUGGAGUCCAAGAGACAGUCAUCAAUAUAGUAAAGAACAGCCGCCAAAGCAUGAACAUUUUGAAAGAGAAAUAUCUUCAAGAAGAUCAUUCGAAAGGGAGUCAAGAGAAGCUACAAUUAGGGCAGACAGUACCGAAUUCAAGAAGGAAGAUCAGUCAACAAUACUUCAGAAUUUACCAGAAGAUGUAUCAAAGAAUGAAAAUAGAAGUAAAAUUAAACCUGGAAAGAAGAAAAAAGGGGGCACUGAUGAGAAAGUUAAAUCCAAAAAGAAAAGAAAAGAAAUUGGUGAAACUAAGAAGAAAGUGAAGAAAAAGUUAGCAGGCAAUCAAGGUAAAACAUCAGGAGAAAUUAUAGUGAAAGGAGACUCUGAAAUGGACUAUAGUGGCUCCUCAGCUGUUGGAGAUAUUCGUAGAGUUGUUCCCAAGGAGUCAUCUAAUGAUCAGCCAUAUAGUAAUAUUUUAAUCAGAAAAGAUGAUGGAGAAAUGAAGAAUCGCCCAAAGAAAAGAAAAGAACAUGAGUUUGUCAAUCAGUUUGUGAAAUCAAAGUGGGAUGAUAGUCCCGGUGAAAUGAGGAAUUCACCAGCAGUUAAACAAUCUAGAGAAGAUUUAAACCAAGCAUCUAAUUAUUCUAAACAAGAUUAUCAUGCCAAAGAUAGAACUAGAAGAAGUAAUUCAAGGGAAUUUGAAGGAAUUCGAAUUCACAUUACAAAUGACCAAUUUGGAAAACAGACUGAAAAGAAAGAAGAUGUUGGUGUUGUAGAAAUGUUCCAUAUUAAUGAGCAACCAGUGAUUGAUAGUAGUAAAAUUACAAAAUCUGAUUCAGAUAGUAAAGCUUCAAAAUUGAAGGGUGCAAGUAACAUUAAAUUACCUAAAUUACCUGAAACUAAUAAUGAAAAGAAAGAAAUAAAAAAAGAAGAUCCUAAACAUAUUGCAUCAAGUGAUAACAAAAGGUCUUACAGAAAGAGAAGUCUAUCUCCAUCUAAAAAAUCCAAGUCUAGAUCCUUAUCAAGACCAAGAUCACAACACAGAACAAGAUCUAGAACAAGGUCAAGAUCAAGGAAACGAUCUAGACAUAGAUCAAGGUCAAGACCCCCACAAAGGUCUAGGUCAAGACCUCAAAGAAGGUCUAGGUCAAGACCCCCACGAAGGUCUAGAUCAAGAUCAAGAAAGCGGAAUUCAAGAUCACCAAGGAGAUCUUACAAGAGGUCUCCUCCCAUGAGAAAACCUGGUAGAGGAUUUGCAAAAACACGCCCUGUAAUAAUGGGUAGGAAUAAGUUUACAGACUCAAAAUCACCAUCUAUAUCACCAGGAAGAAAAGUGGCAGGUUUGAGAUCUAGUUCUAAAUCUCCGAGGAGACAGAAAUCAUACAGUUCAUAUAGAGGUCGUGGUAGAGGAGGUCGUGGAAGAGGAAGAGGGAGCUGGAAGUCAUCAGGAAACAGACCUCACAGGUCUAGAUCAAGAUCUCGUUCAAAAUCGCGCGGUCGAAGGUCACGUGAAAGAAGAUCAAGAUCUCAUAAUAGAGGAGGUCAUUCAAAAGAUCGUGACCAUAAAAUCUCAAAUCUCAAAGAUGAUGACAAACAAAAUAACAAAGGUAAAUUUGAUAGUGAAAAAUUCGGUGAACUUGAAGACUUUUUUGAUAAAUUAAAAGAAAACAAAAAGAAACAGUCAGAAACAAAGUGAAUGUGAACAAUGAAUAUUAUGGAAUUUUAUAAAUCAAUUGUUGUGGUUGUAAAUUGUAUAUAUUAGAAUAAUACUGUAUAAACUACAAAAAUUAUAAAAGUGCUUUUAGAAUGGCA